AAACUCUCGGUUGCCCUAGUUUUGUAGUUUUGAUUUCUAGGAAGAUAGCCAUCUCCUGAUUUUAGCCUUCGCAACCAAAGGUAGAACUUCACAAACCCUCCGUUAUCCUCUUCCGUUGUCUUGAAAUUACAAUGCUCUCCCAGGUUUAGUUAUUUCUUUGACUGAAAUGCCCAAGCUUCCAGAACAUAUGACCAACCGACCACCCUAAAUUUUCCGGAAAAAAAAAAGCCUAAACCAGACUAACCAGUACUCUCUCCGGCGUCUGUGAGUCAGCGGUGCGUCACUGUAAAGAGUGAGCGACACCGACGUGGACUCUGCAAUUGAGGAAGCGGCGCCUUGUAAAAAAGUUGCAACGGCCAUGGGAGAGAAGCAUAUGCAACUCGGUGAAAUUGCUCCUGUCGAUCUGCCGUCGAUGAGUUUAUCUGAAGCCACCGUCUACGAAGACGACGCCGAUCUGGUCACAGCGAGCAUUAAGGUUUAGCAAUUUCACUCACAAUUCAGAGCACAUCCCAAGAAAAUCUCCUGCAACUUCUUAGUUAACAAUCUCAACUUCUCAUUGAUUCAUUUGGACCCAAAAGGCUUUCAUUUGGUGGUUUGAAUUGACCCUGAAAAUCCUAGCCUGGCAGUAUGGAUCCUAGUAGUUCACAAUCCACAGGAGAUCGAAACGUAAGGGUGCAGAUUGGUGGAAACAAGUUAAACACUAAUUUUGGUUCUCAAGGAAUCAAGUUGAACAAUACUUGGGGUUCUGGUGGAAAUGACACCAUAUUUGAACCAAGGGAAGAUGCAAUUACACCAAGCGCAGGAGAUACUAGUUCUCCAUCUGUAAAUGCACCAGAGAAGAAGUUGACUCUAUUUGCUCUUCGAAUUGCACUUCUGGAGAAAACAGCCACUGGGUUAGGAGCCCUGGGAUUCAUCUGGGCAACCGUUAUUCUUCUUGGUGGUUACGCCAUUUUUCAAACCAGAACUGACUUCUGGUUCGUCACAGUCAUACUUUUAAUUGAAGGUGCCAGAAUCUUCAGCCGAAGUCAUGAACUUGAAUGGCAGCACCAGUCUACAUGGACGAUUGCAGAUGCCGGCUUUCAUAGUUUCCAAGCUCUGAAAUCGAGCUCCAAUUGGAUUUAUAGAGCCAUAAGAAGAAUUACGGGACCAAUUUCUGAAAUCCAAAGUGGAGAACCCAAAGAGAAGACCAGAGAUGCAAAACCCAGCAAUCAGUUAACUCGUACUUAUGAUCGACAACACGAAGACAAGAUCAAUCGGUCAAAACGUACAUGGAGAUCAUCAGAGGUUCCCCUGCUUCCAUAUGUAGGCUGGUUUUUUCUAUCUAAGAACAUCAGUAAGUUAUUCUAUUGGUUACAGUUGUUAUCAGCCAUAGCUUGUAUAACACUUUCAGUAACGAGGCUCGUACAGUUGACCAAUGGUGAUGCAAUAGAACGAGUCCCAGAAACUAUGAACCUGAGAUCUGCCCUGAAUAUCUUUUAUGGGUUGGCCACGGCCGAAGCUUUCUUGUCUCUGGUAGGGAAACUGUACUGGGAAUGGACGAUUACGCAUCGCAAACUGCUGGAGGAGGUGGAACAGGAGUGCCAUAUUGGAAUGAUUUCCAUCAGAAGGUUCUUCUAUGAUGCCUAUGCGAAAUGUGUUGAUAAGAGCAUCUUCGAUGGCUUAAAGCUGGAUUUGGUUUCUUUUGCUACGGAGCUUUUGGCCUCUGAAUCCAGAGAUGAGCAGCUAAUUGGGGCAGGAAUUCUUCAGAAAUUCUCAACCAAUACCGAAUUCUCUAAUGAUACACUGCAGAAGAUUGGCACAUCUACAUUGGUUAUUGAAAGAUUGGUAGAGAUGUUGAACUGGAAGAACGCACCAGAAGCAGAGAUUAGGCGAGCAGCUGCAGAGAUUUUGUCCAUAUUAGCUGGGAAAAAGCAGAAUUCCCUUCGAGUUGCAGGGAUUUCUGGUGCUAUGGAAUCUAUAUCAUCUUUGCUCUACACUCAACGUAGCUCUGAUGAGUUAUUUGAUCAACUCGGGGAAAAACAGAUAGUUUUAGAUAGAGAAGAUUAUGAGUUUUCCACCUUUAGCCAAUUGGGUCUCGCUAUUCUCAAGAAACUUGCACGCGACCACGAUAAUUGUGAGAAGAUCGGUAACACAAGAGGCCUCCUGCUCAAAAUUGUCGACUUCACACAUACCGGAGAGGCGCUGCUCAGGAACAGCCAUGAAACAGAUAACAGGAUAUUGGCAGUGAAACGAUCCCUGAAAGUGCUGAAGUUGCUCGCAAGAACAUCUGGUAGUGUUGGCAAGCAUCUGAGGCAGGAGAUUGUGGAGAUUGUUUUCACAGUAAGCAACAUCAGAGAAAUUCUCAGGUAUGGUGAGAAUUACCCACAGUUUCAACAACUAGGAAUUGAGAUUUUAACUAGUUUGGCUUUCGACAUUGAGGCAAGAGAGAGUAUUGGAAGCACAGGUGGAAUCAUUAAACAAUUGUUCCGGAUCUUCUUCCAAGAGCCAAAUUCCGAAGCUCAGAAUCAUGUAAGGUUUGCAGCAGGGGAGGCAAUUGCAAUGCUCGCACUGGAGAGUGAAAGGAACUGCUCUAGGAUAUUAAAUCUGAAGGUAUUAACAGAGCUCAUGAGGGCACUCGAAGAUCAUUCGCUCUGCGUCAAUUCAGCCAGAAUUUUAAGGCAUUUGUGCAAAUUUGCUGGCAAAGAUUGCACUGAACAAUUAAAGGGAGUCUCUGCUGCUGCACCCACAGUGCUGAAGGCGAUAAUGACAGAAAAGAACAAACCACAAGAAGUAAUGCUCGGUCUUGCAACACAGGUGUUCAAUUUCAUGACUCCUCAAGAAGCAAGUAUCAUGUUUAAUCAAACUCGAAUUGGCAAGGCCAUAUUGGCAGGGAAACUCAUAGAAAUUUUGAAAAUUUACCAAUACCCAUCAACCAAGGUUCCUAGAAUGAGGAGGUUUGCGAUUGAGCUAGCAAUUUUGAUGAUGGAAAACAACAAAGCCACGGUUCAAACUUUCAGGGAUCUUGGAAUGGAGGAGGUACUUGAGAUUCUUAGAGAGACCACAUCAGAGAUCGAAUGCUUUAACAUUUUCUCUGGAAUCAUUGGACUUAGCCGGCACAACAAAUCAAUUCACUCACUAGUCGACAAUGCACUUCAGUUGCUGGCAGAUGGUUGAAAUUGAUCAUGUAUAUUUGUUUCUAUAUAUAAGAUCAAUACUGUGGCAGUAAUGCAGAAGAAAGUUUUUUGGCUAGUUGACCAAGAGUAAUGUUGUAGCAGUUGAUAUUGUUAGUAACUUCUAGACAUUGGCUUCAGUGCAGAGAUAUUUUUGGGCUAGCUGAUCAGGCUUCAUAUUAUGGGAAGUCAAAGUGGUUGAAAGAGAUUUGUGCUAAAUACAAUAAAGCUUUGUAUCUUUCUAAGUAAAGAUUAUUUUUUUUCUCAGGUAUCAGAGACAUUUUGUUGAUCCUCUGAGGUACAAAACUUGUUUCAGUGCAGAAAAUUUUGUUGUUUCUUUCUGGGAACUGGAUUUGUGUAUAGUCAACUAGUUUAUUAAUUGGAUUGAUUUACAAGGUUUACAAUCUACCAUGUCUUUCAACCUAAAUUUGUCAAUUUUGUCUUCAUAAUUUGUUUAAA